AUGGCUUUCAGACUCAGACCUACAUCCUCCUGCACCAGGGCCAGCCCACUUCAAAACCUACAGGUGUUGCUGCUGCUGCUCCUCGUUGGGCUGGCUCCCCUUACAGUUGGAAAAUCUAAUGACAUGGAACCAUAUAUCGAACUGCGCUGCAGAUGUCCAAAAACAGCUUCUGGAAUCCCACUCAGUUCUAUUGCCUCCGUGAAUGUGUUCAGGCCAGGAGUUCACUGUGCCAACUUGGAAGCGAUAGCCACACUGAAGAAUGGAGAGGAAAGGUGCCUGGACCCAACUGCCCCUGUCAUCAAGAAAAUUGUCAUGAAAAUAUUGAAUGGUUACUGA